CUAUGACGUCACCGUUGUGUAUAAAAAACGUCCCCGCAGCCGCUCACCGUUAGUGACGCAGCGAAUCUUUGACUGCAGUUGGGUGUUGAUUUUUAAAACGGUGACGGAGGAUGGCAGAAGGCGAUAACAAAAGCGCGAACAUGCUGGCUCAAGAGACCGCUCAGUUGGAGGAACACCUGCAGGGAUGGGGAGAGGUCAUCCUGGCCGGAGAUCGUGUUCUGCGUUGGGAAAAGCCAUGGUUUCCCGGAGCCCUGAUUGGCGCCACCACAAUUUUGUUCCUCAUGAUUUACUAUUUGGAUCCCUCUGUGCUCACUGGACUCUCCUGCACAGUCAUGCUGCUCUGCUUGGCAGACUACCUUGUGCCCACCCUCGCACCCAGAGUCUUUGGCUCCAACAAGUGGACCACUGAGCAGCAGCAGCGUUUCCAUGAGAUCUGCAGCAACCUGGUCAAGUCACAGCGUCGCCUCGUUGGUUGGUGGAAGCGACUGUGCACUCUGAAGGAAGAGAAGCCAAAGAUGUACUUUGCCUCCGUCAUCAGCAGUCUGCUGGCAGUUGCCUGGAUUGGACAGCAGGUUCACAACCUCUUCCUCACAUACUUGAUUGUGAGCUUCCUGCUGCUGAUGCCGGGCCUCAACCAGCACGGUGUCAUCACCAAGUACACCUCCAUGGCCAAGAGGGAGAUCAAUAAAUUGCUCAAGCAGAAGGAGAAGAAGAACGAGUAGGUGGGGCGUCACGCCAUGCCCACAUGGAUCUGGAGGUCAGCAGAUGUUUAAAUGAGCACCAUAAAUGAAUCUUUUUGUUUUUUUGUUUAAGGAUUGGUUUGAACUC